CUUUAAACGAUGAAAGUGUAAAAAUAGUAACAACAACUAGCGGGCCUUCGAGAUGCUCUCAAACUGUGAAUGGAAAUGAGGCUGAAAUCUGUUACUGUGGAUCUCAUAUUUAAGGUCUGACUGCUUCACCCACCUGUCACCCUGGCAGCACAGGAAGCCAAGCUUGGGGAGGAGCUAAGCCCUGGCAGCAUGGUGUCUGCCGUGGGGACCGGCUCUGUGCCCAGUCCUCAGAGCGAGGCGGUGACCAGUGAGCUGCAGGAACUCUCUCUGCAGUCUGUACCAAGCUUACUGCCCCUGAAAGAACGCAAGAAUGUUCUUCAGCUCAAACUACAACAGAGAAGGACGCGAGAGGAGCUGGUCAGCCAAGGAAUCAUGCCUCCACUGAAGAGUCCUGCUGCCUUUCACGAACAGAGGAGAAGUCUGGAGAGAGCACGCACUGAGGAUUACCUGAAGAGGAAGAUCAGGAGUCGGCCAGAGAGAUCCGAACUGGUCAGGAUGCACAUCCUCGAAGAGACCUCAGCCGAGCCCUCACUGCAGGCCAAGCAGCUGAAGCUGAAGAGAGCCCGAUUAGCAGAUGAUCUCAACGAUAAAAUCUCCCACCGCCCUGGUCCCAUUGAGCUCGUCCACAAGAACAUCCUCCCUGUGCACACGCUCAUUGGUACAGAGUCUCCAAAGGGUGAGAGCUCCUCAUUGGACGAGGACAGUAGUGAUGCACUGUCACCAGAUCCCCCGUGCAGUCAGGACUCUCCGUUGGGACUUGCCCCUCAACACUCCCCCACUGAUAUGAUGAAACUGAACAGAGAUCACUCACCCACCCAGUUCCUCACUCAGGCCCCACCUCCUCCUCUUAUUGCCUCUGACGCCUCACCACAGAAUCUAACCAGUGAAACAAACAUGACAAACUCUUCCCGUCCACCAACGGGACAUGCAAAGCAGUCCAAGUCCAGCACAGAUCGGAUAUCUCAACGAUCCAAGAAACCCAAAGAUAACAAGCCCAAAGUAAAGAAACUUAAAUAUCACCAGUAUAUCCCACCUGACCAGAAGAAUGACCGGGAGCCUCCUCCUCAACUGGACUCCUCGUACGCUAAAAUUCUACACCAACAGCAGCUUUUUCUUCAGCUUCAGAUCAUCAAUCAGCAACAGCAGCACUACAACUACCACACUAUCUUACCCGCACCUCCAAAACUUCCUGCUGAAAAGCAGCAACCAUCCACCAAUCCAGGCCCCUCUCCUUCCCAGACUAUUUCCACAUGCUCUACAUUCUCCUCCAAUCAGAAUGGGCCCAAUCGUCAGAGUCAGCCUACAGUGGGAGGAGCUAAGCCCAGCACUUUGCCUGCAAACCUGGAUGAAUUCAAAGUUGCUGAACUUAAACAUGAGCUCAAAUUGAGGGGGCUGACAGUAUCAGGCACCAAGAAUGAUCUCAUCGAACGACUGAAGAACUACCAGGAGCAGAACAGUGGUGCAUCAUCCACAGGUGCUGCAGCUACGAAAACAGUCCCUGCUCAUUUACCACAGGUGUCAGUACAGUCGUCGGGUGCCGCCCCACAUCAAGCUCCGAAGGAUACGGUUGUUUCGAUGUCAGCUUUUCCUGUCGCGGCUACCACAAGGGUCCACAGUACAACUCCACCUCAAAUCAUGCGCCUCGGCAGCACUAGCUCCUCUCCUCCGGUGUCUCCUACCCCUUCCGACCGCUCUCUGGCUGGAUUGAGUCCGGAUGAAACCAGCUGCAAUGGGGAUGUGUUUGGAGAAAUGGUUACCUCACCUCUCACCCAGCUCAGCCUGCACCCAUCUCCAGACCACCCAUCCCCAAUUAAAGAGGAGUCUCAUGGGCAGAUGCAGGCCUCCUGUAGCCUUUCUCAACAGGGUCCAUUGCUAUCCGCACAGCCUCACGAUCCAAGUCCCUUGGCAGCAUCAGGAUCUGCUGUGUCUCCUCUGGACAAAGACCAAAUGCUUCAAGAGAAGGACAAGCAGAUCGAGGAGUUGACACGCAUGCUAAGGCAGAAGCAGAGGCUGGUGGAGACCCUGCGCUCUCAGCUGGAGCAGGGUAAGCGUGGAGCAGCCGCAGAAGUUACCGACACCACAGGUAAUGCUGAAAUGCCACUGCUGUCUAACGGAGUGGAAGUGAAGGUAAAGGAAGAGAUUAAGGAUGAAAUGGACACAACGGAGGACCUGCAGAAGCAAGUCCGGCCCCAGAAGAAGAUCCAGACGCAGUGUUCUCAGCAGACUCUGCUCAAACUGCAGCAGAUUCAUCGGCUGCAGGUGCAGCAGCAGAUGCUGGUAGACCUACCAAAUGUACAGCAACAGAAGACACAGUUACUGCAACCGCAAAAACAACAGCUCCAAGCUGACCCAGCGAAACUGCAGCAAGAACAAGGAAAAACACAGGUGUUGCUGUUGCAGCAGCAGAAGACGCAGCUACUGCAACAGCAGCAGAAAGCCCAAUCACUGCAGCAGCAGAAGGCUCAGCUGCUGCAGCAGCAGAAGGUACAGUUGCUACAACAGCAACUACAACAGCAGCAGAAAACCCAGUUGCAGCAGCAAAAGAAGACACAGUUACUACAGCAGCAGCAGCAGCAGCAAAAGUUGCAGCAGCUCAUCAUCCAGCAGAGGCAGCAAAAACAGCUACAAAACAAUCAGAAAAAGCAGCAGAAGCCUCAAAAUCAGCCACAGCAGCAGUUGCAGACUCCACAGGUUUCACAGGUAUUUGUCAACCAACAGUCUAGCACUCAGAUUACUACGUCUUUCCCACUGGAUCUCCUGAAAGCUCAUCCAACACCCACCUUGGUCACCGACAGCAAUGGCAACCGUUAUCUGAUUGCACUCACCAGUAAUAGUGUUGAUAGCCUUAUUGGAAAGUCACCUCAGAGCAAAUCCAAUGGACGCAUCACUCUACAGAGAUUGCAGUCAACUCCUACUAAGCUCCCUAGCCAGUCGUCUACUGAUAUGGCUAGUUCUGCCAACCAAUCACAGACUGUCAAAGAACCCAUCACUAAAGUUCAGAAAGUAGGCCUCCACUUGGAAACUACCAGUGUUAAAGAGUCAAGCCAACCAGUGUCUGCACCACCUAGCUUUGAGCCCUUCUUCUGUGAGGAAUCCAACCCACUGAGUAAACCCUCCUCACCUCCUUCAUUUAAGGAGGACAUUUGCCCAAGUUUUGAUCGACACACUUUAUUUACCCCUUCCUCCCCAAAGCUGAACCCUCACCCUCCUCAGCGUUUCAAAGAUAAUAUCUCAAACAACCAGCAAAUAGAUGAUCUGUUUGAAAUCCUGAUCAAGAGUGGAGAAAUUUCAUCUGGAUUUAAAGCCAGUCAAGACCCCUCCCUGUCUGACCUCCACUCCAGUCCACCAACUCCAUCUCCACCACCUUCUCCGCUCCACCUCUCACCACCCACACAUCACCCCACCCCGCCCCUUCCCAGCAGCUCCCAGACACCCAGGAGGCCUUGCUCUGGAACCGGCCGCCUGGAGGACUUCCUGGAGAGCACCACCGGUGCUCCUCUUCUUGGCGUGGAGCCGGACGGCCCAUUGACAUUAAUUGAUGACCUCCACAAUCAAAUGCUGAGCACUUCCAGUAUUCUGGACCACCCCCCAUCUCCAAUGGACACCAGUGACCUGAGCUUCUCACCCCACCCCGCCAGCCUGGACUUUGAAGACCCCACCUUGGAUGGCAUGGAUUGGCUGGACAUACCCGUGGUAGGAGGGGGCAGUAAUUCUAACGGUGGGGGUAUGGUUCUUGCCCCUCUGAACUCACACACCCCACCCAGUGUAUUUUCCGCAGACUUUUUGGACAGUUCGGAUCUGCAGCUCCACUGGGACUCAUGUUUGUAGCUUUUGGUCUUAAUUGCUUGACGACACACACAAUUUAGCACCUUCAACCUUACUGUGUAUAGGCUGUACACAAAACACUCCAGACGCACAUGCUGUUUCUUAUGCUGAAAAGCUUCAAGCUUUCUUCAUAUUCCAAUGCCGAGUGGUAUUUAAACAGUUCCUGCGUCUGAAAGGUUCUCUUAAGCACUGAAUUUGAAGCUGUCAUUUGCUUCUUCAUACCCAAAUGUUUUCAUCACAUGGCGUUGAUGCCUUUGCCAACAGAGAGACCAAUCUGGACACCGCCACCAACUUUUCACACCAUCAUCAGCUCAACUAAAAUCCAUAGUUUGCUCUAGCUUUUAGACAAGUUGUCUAUGCUGGUGGUUAGGAUCAUUUUUCACUUCAAGCACACCAGUUACUAUACUCCACUACCUGUCUUUGGCACCAUAUAUAGUGUUAUUUCUACCCAUUUUAAUAAAGCUAUGACCUCAUAAACAUUAUAUGAGGCUAUUUCUGCUCCACACUUUUUCCUUCCGUCAACAAACUAAAUAGAGGUAAAAUAUGAGAGAUAAAAGUCAUCCGUGCUUUUGGCUACUUCUUCCAACAUUGCACUUAAGCCGACCCGACUGGUGCUCUGGUCUACACGACCCAGUGUAAUGGUCUUUGCAGGGAACCAGGUUUGGUGACGGUCACCAGAUCUCUAUGCAUUGCUGUACUUUAGGAUCAUGUAUUGAUGAAACCUUUGUUCCUUUUCCUCUGAUUGUAGCGAUUAGCUGGUGGAGGUCAAUGCUGGGGUUCAGGUUUCAGAGUAUUUGGAACUUCUUGUUUUUUAAAAAAGAAAAAAAAUAAAUAAAAGAAAAAAAUGCA